CAUAUAGUGGCAGGAGAAGUAGGUUGUUAGAGCACCUCUGGCAGAUAGAGGCCAACUGGAGCAGACUGACAGCUGUACAUCCGUGCGUGACGUGAAUCUUCUCCACUCCGAAGCUCAAGGAGCACAUUGCUAACACCACCCCUCUCCGAUCCCUCCUCCUCCUCCUCCUGGCUUCUCCUCCUGCUUCUCCUUCUGGCUUCUCCUCCGGGCAACACGGGGGUUCGUGGAAAAAACGAGCGGGCAGGCUGUGCACGCUGGUUUCAGCAGCUGCGCCAAUUUCGUAAGUUCUUUGCGCUUCAUCAGAGGAGGAGAACAAACUUAAGGCGAACCCCGGUGCUUCAAAUACACAGAGAAGUAAGUUUAACGCGGACUUCUCUUCUCUUCUUUUGGACCACAACAACCUGACACUCAUUUGGACCGCUGGAUUUGGAUCGAGAGCGGUUUAAAAGGAACAGCGGCUGGUUUGUUGCUGAUGCCGAGCCGCAAAAUGGACAACACAACUCCUGCAGGACGCUGUGAAUCAACGGGGCAUCACGUUGUCGCUGGGAAAUUAACAUUAGAAAGCCUCUUUACUGGAGCCACUGAAGUUUCUUUUUACGCUGCGUAAAAUUCCAAGACAAGACACCGGACCAGUGAAUGUGGCAACAAAGAAACUACGAGAUUCAUGUUGUAUAUUUCCAUCAUUCACAUUCAAGGGACCUCUUUGUCUUCUCUCUUUUUUUUCUUUUUUUGGGGGACUGUAUAAGAAACUAGCAAGUUUUACACGGUGAAGCAGAAAGGAGAUGACUACCAACACCGCUGUUAUGCUUUUCAUUCUCUCUCUCACAAGCAGCAGGGCAGAGAAUGCAGAGGAGCGGCUGGUGAACUACCUGUUGGGCCCUGAGCGCUACAACAAACUGAUCAGACCAGCCGUCAAUAAGAGCCAGCAGGUCACCAUCUCCAUCCAGGUGUCUCUAUCUCAGCUCAUCAGCGUAAAUGAGAGAGAGCAGAUAAUGACGACCAACCUGUGGCUGUUUCAGGAGUGGAAUGACUACAGGCUGAGAUGGGACCCAGACAAAUAUGGAGGCAUCAAGAAACUGAGAAUACCGUCUAAGCACAUCUGGCUUCCUGAUAUAGUGCUAUAUAAUAAUGCUGACGGCGUGUACGAGGUUUCCUUCUAUUGCAACGCCGUGGUCUCCAACACGGGGGACAUCUUCUGGCUUCCCCCAGCGAUCUACAAGUCAGCCUGCGCCAUUGAGGUGCAGAACUUCCCUUUCGACCAGCAGAACUGCACCCUCAAGUUCCGCUCCUGGACCUACGACCACACCGAGGUGGACCUCAUCCUCACCAGCGACUUCGCCAGCCGAGAUGACUUCACGCCCAGCGGAGAGUGGGACAUUGUCUCGCUGCCGGCGCGCAAAAACGAGGACCCCAAUGACAUCACCUACCUGGAUAUCACCUAUGACUUUGUCAUCAAGAGGAAGCCUCUGUUUUACACCAUAAAUCUGAUCAUCCCCUGCGUGCUGAUCACCUCUCUGGCCAUCCUGGUGUUCUACCUGCCGUCGGACUGUGGGGAGAAGAUGACGCUGUGCAUCUCAGUGCUGCUGGCGCUCACUGUGUUCCUGCUGCUGAUAUCAAAGAUUGUGCCGCCCACCUCUCUAGCUGUGCCGCUCAUAGGUAAAUAUUUGAUGUUCACCAUGGUGCUGGUGACAUUCUCCAUCGUCAGCACUGUGUGCGUCCUGAACGUGCACCACCGCUCCCCAUCCACCCACUAUAUGCCCAACUGGGUCAAACGCCUCUUCCUAGUCCGCCUGCCCAGAUUCCUCCUCAUGAGGCGUCCGGGCUCUUCCAAUGUUCGCGACAAACUGCGCCGGAAGUAUGCCAACCAGAGUACCUUCUGCACAAACAAUUCCCAGGGCAGCACAGACAAGAGGAACUACUCCAACAUCAGGCUUGGCGGGAUCGGAACAGAUGUCGACUCUUUCUAUGUGAACGAGGACUUGGCUCACAAGUUUUGCUGGAAAAUGGGUGAAAUACCAGAUGCAGGUGGUGGGUUCUCCGACUUCCGGAGGCCUUUGGCUGUUCAGGGGGAUGCGGAUCUGGUGGAGGCGGUGGAGGGAGUGAAAUACAUUGCUGAACACAUGAAGACGGAAGACGACGACGAAGGGAUCAUAGAGGACUGGAAGUACGUAGCCAUGGUGAUAGACCGUCUGUUCCUGUGGAUCUUCAUCUUGGUGUGUGUGGUGGGAACUCUGGGACUCUUCAUGCAGCCACUGUUCCAAAGCUACAACACACCCACUGCCGAUGACACAGAGUAUGGAGAUUUCUAGUACUGCUGUGACACGAGAAACAGAACCAUCACAUAUGCAUCUCGUACAUCAUCUCUGGUGCUCGGAUUUGAUACGUAACCAGCAGUUAUUGUGUUCGCAGCGGUGGACUUCAAACGAAGACCGAACCACAACAGUUUCCUCAUGCAUGGCUUCGAUUUUUUGUCAGGCCUGUUCAACCCCUAUCAAAGAAACUCCAAGGCACGACAAUCUUUAUGUACUUUUUAACGCUCAAAAUUUAACUAACUUUCUAUCGAGUCGAUGAAGACAGUGCCUGUGUGCAGUUUUUGAAAUGAAAUAUAUUUUAAAAUAUACAAAUCUCAUGAAAACACUAGUAAUCUGCAGUUUAUGCUCUUUUUUUGGACUGACUGCACUGAUGGUGCAACCUUUACCAGACUCAGUGGAGGUAUGCAGGUUCCUUCUACUCUACAGCAUUGUUGAUAUGAAAAUUAUACCAACAUUUAUCCCCAUUAUUUGUUGCAGCGCUACACAGUGGACCAUAAUUUGUCCUCUCUCUCCACUCCUUUCAAAUUGAGCUUUAUUACCACAGAGUGAGAACAUUCAGUUCAUCUCCUCCCUUUAUGAAAAUAUUAACACACUCUCCCUUGUUCUUUGUCUUUUUCUUGUUCUGCUUCAGAAGCUUUGCGCUACAUUUCCACAAUCCACCUCCCAAGCAGAGCUGCGAUCAUUAAUGUGUUAUCUUAUUUUGAAGAAUGUGUCUUCUGCUGUUGCUUCUCCUCACCGUCUUCUACUCACUUGCUUAGUUAUUCUCCUGUUGUCGUCUGUGUUUUUUCCUUUUUGUGACACAUCACAAGGUCUGUCAGAAGAAUCCAGAUAUGAAGGACAUCAAGAUGGACACAAAUCUGGAAAAUACAGAUGAAAUUUAAAAUAACUUUGACAGUCUGAAUCCUUGCGGCAUACACACAUACACACACACACAUACACACACACACAUACACAUUUUUCAUAUUGUGCUUUACUAUUUAAAAGGAAAUUCCACUUGUGUGUCUGCUUCUCUGUUCAAGAGCUCAAUUCUCGCCCUCACUUUUACAACUGCCUUAAACUGUUGUUUAACAUCAUGACAGAAGCUUAUUUCAGACAGAACUGUAGCGGCACGAGAUUACAUAUUAAUGAUGGUUUCACACUGACUGUAUUCUAAUACAAUAUGUUGAAUUAAAAGCUGUGAGCCAGUUCUGCUCCCUCAA